UGAACCCUGACAGACAUGUCACUUUAGUUUUCUCUUCAGUCAUGAAACAGGGUAGCUCGUCGCUCUCUAAGGAGAAUAAUCACUCAACACCCAACCUUUGCUAAUAUUUCUGGAAACUUCAAAAAUGAUCAGAAUCAACAACACCCAGUACUUCCACUUCCUGCAACAGGCAGAUGCCCUUCGUCGCUCAGGUUCCCUCUGUGAUGCCAUCAUCUUGGUAAAGACCCAAACUUUCAAAGCUCAUCGGUUAGUCCUGGCCUGUGCUAGCAGAACCUUAGCACAGCAGCUAGCCCAGGGAGACGCAGACAGUCCAGUCCAUUGCACAUUAGAGUAUUUCUCACCCCACACUUUUCAGCAAGUUCUAGACUUCACCUACACUCAAGCUCUGGAGGUGCCUGUAAAGGAUCUGAACCUGCUGCUGAGAGCUGCCCAGCUGUUGGAGAUGCAGCAGCUGGAGGACCAGUGUCGGGAGCAGCUGGAAAGCCUUGGAGCCAGAGAGGAGAAAAAAAAAGUAGAAAUUACAGACAUCAAAGAGGAAACGGAGCAUGUCAAAGAGAAGCAUGAAAAGCAAAAAAGAAGUUCAGAUCCUGAGGAUAAAGACCAAAAGACAUUUUGUCCUGUGGAGAAAAUAGGUGUUAACACUGUCAUGGAAAAUCUUUCAACCAUCAACCCUCCUAAUAUCCACAACAAUCCAAAAUCCCCAAGAAAGAAGGCAAAAUCGUCUCCUAUUUCAGCGACAUUAUGCAACAGGGAGAGUGUUAUUACCAGACCCAGCACCAGUACUUCAUCGUUUUCCUCCCCCUGGACUUUACCCACAAACAUGUGGGACUCUGAGAUGCACCUGGGCACCCUGAGGCGAAUAGCAGAAAACUAUUCAAACCUCAUUGCAGGUCAUCCCCUUCAAUCCUCAAACCAGUCCUCUGUGGUAUACCCAUUUCCCAUCACCCCUCAACACAUGUUCCCACUACUGAGUCCCCAUUUUCAAACCCAACUUCCAAACUCUGCAGUGGGCUACUCAGCUUUCCAUCCCCGUUAUACACAAAACCUUUACACUGAAACCUCACGAAUGGGCAGCAUGUUCAAGCAUGGUCUGUUGAAAAGGAAAAGACCUAGCCAAAAAGUCUGCAUAGGAACUCUUCAAACUGGUGAGCCAAGUAACUCUGGAGUUUCCAAAGCCAGCACAGAGAGAAAUGAAGACUGCCAGCAUUUCAGUGCAAGACUCUGUGAUGAUCCAGCGCCGCGGGAGUCAGCCCCCAUGCAGUUAGUUAAAAGCUGUGCAGGAUGUCAAUUUUCUGGAAGGAAGGACAUUGUGCAACAUCAACCAGAGUCGAAAGAAGACCACAAAGGAGAAAAACCCUACCAGUGCAAACACUGUCCUAAGAAAUUUAGCCUGAAACAUCAACUGGACACACACCUCCGCGUUCACACCGGAGAAAAACCAUUUGAGUGUCGCCUAUGUGGCCAGCGUUCACGUGACUACUCAGCCAUGAUCAAGCACCUGCGGACGCACGGCGGCGCCACUCCUUACCAGUGCACUGUGUGCUUGGAGUUCUGCAGCAGUCAGGUCGCCAUGCAGAGACAUGUCAAGAGUCACGCGGUGCAGGACUUCCCCCCCGACUGGAGCAUCAACAGCACCUACCUGUAUAUCUCCCACGUCUGAGGCUACCUCACAUCACACCUUCAUCUAUUCAACGUUCUCAUAUGAUACGUUUUGUUUACUCCUUAAAUUACAGUAUGAAUAGCUCAUAUCUAUAUAUCUGAAGGUAAAUAUCUGAUCAGUGGCUUCCUGGAGUUGGAAACACUUACCACUGUUUGAGGGGGCAGUUAUCUAUUUAGAUACGGUUUUGUAUUUGCUCCGACAACAGGAUCACUAAUUUCCAGAUACAUGAAAGGAAAGGUAUUGAAAGUGUUUACCAUGCAUUAAAACCCCACCAGCACCCUAUUUCUCUGCGUGACGCAGUAAUCCUCCCUCUGACUUUCUAAAUUAUUAGACCGACCUAUGAGCUCUGUAACUCUGGCCUGUUUAUAGCGCCCUCGUGAGGCCAUACGCGGUAGCGCAUAGCAGUAAUUUUGUAUAAUAGUUUAAUUACUUUGGCCAAAUCCUCAAGCUAGCAAGAAGAGGUUAAAUAGUCCACAUUCAUUCAUUUAGAAUAAAAAAAAAUAUGCAUUUAUUUAUCCUUUAUUAAUUAAUGUUAUAAUGAAAGUGUAUAUGUAUUUAUAAGAUCCUUUGAUAAUGUGAUGCUCUGGUUCUUUAAUUUUCCUCUCAGCUAAAAGGAAAGGGUGAGUUUAUUCAUUCAGUCAAGAGUACUUUGAGCUUGUAAGUCUUAUAACUGAACAUGAAAAAACAAGUUUCCCAAAGACAGCUUAAUUGCUCAUUAAUGUAUGCUGGAUUAUUUGGAUGGCUUUAAAGACAUCAGCAAAGUUUUUGUUACUAUGUCCUCUCAGAGACACACAUAUUCCAGUGCUUUCAUUUAUUCAUUAGUGAAUCUCUCAUGUUUUCUGUCAUUAUUUGUAACUUUAAAGAUGGUGACACAAAUAUUUAUAUUCUCAAAACUGCUUUGUUCAUUUCAGGACUGCCGUAAAUAGUUAACUGUGUAUGUCUUGCAAGUAACAGCAAAUAGUAUUUAGCAGCUGACACUUCUCUGCAAAGGUGGCACACACAUUUUAUAACUGAGUUUAUAACAGCAGUUUUCUAAGUUUGCAGUAUGUAACAAUAAACAAUGCUUCCUAAAGGGAGCUGUUAGUAUAGCUUUCUGGCCUAUAUCCACUGAAAUAUAUUUGUGGGUUUGUACAGCAUUAUCACAAAAUGAAUAUUAAAUUCAAUUAUAUGUAAUAUGUUAGACUAAUCAAAUAAAAAGGCUUGCAAAUGAACCACUUUCUUUGCCAU